UGAGGCGCAGCGCGGAGGCCGCGGAGCGGGCGCGGGCGGACGGGCCGAGCCGAGCGCCGGGUGAUCGCGGCUCCCUCGGACCAGCGCACCGCGGAGCGCCUGCCUCGGCGGCGGGAGGUGCCGCCGCACCGCCCCCUCACAGCGCGCUCGCCGUCCCUCGGGCCGCGGGCCCCACGGACAUGUCCAGCAUGAACCCCGAAUAUGACUAUUUAUUCAAGCUACUUCUGAUUGGAGACUCCGGUGUUGGGAAAUCUUGCCUUCUACUUAGGUUUGCAGAUGACACGUACACAGAAAGUUACAUCAGCACGAUUGGUGUGGACUUCAAAAUCAGAACUAUAGAACUAGAUGGGAAAACAAUCAAGCUUCAGAUAUGGGACACGGCGGGACAGGAGCGGUUUCGGACUAUCACUUCCAGUUACUAUAGAGGAGCUCAUGGCAUCAUAGUUGUGUAUGAUGUUACAGAUCAGGAGUCUUUCAAUAAUGUCAAGCAGUGGCUGCAGGAGAUAGACCGUUAUGCCAGUGAAAACGUCAACAAGUUGUUGGUGGGGAACAAGUGUGAUCUGACCACAAAGAAAGUAGUAGACUAUACAACAGCAAAGGAAUUUGCAGAUUCUCUUGGAAUUCCGUUUUUGGAAACCAGUGCAAAGAAUGCCACAAAUGUAGAACAGUCUUUCAUGACCAUGGCUGCCGAGAUUAAAAAACGAAUGGGUCCGGGAGCGACAGCUGGUGGUGCAGAGAAGUCCAAUGUUAAAAUUCAGAGCACUCCAGUCAAGCAGUCUAGUGGAGGUUGCUGCUAAAACUUGCCUCUCCCCUUUUGUCUCACAACAAUGAAUUUGCAAUCUGAACCCAAGUGAAAAAAAAAAAUUGCCUGAAUUGUACUGUAUGUAGCUGCACUACAACAGAUUCUUACCGUCUCCACAAAGGUCAGAGAUUGUAAAUGGUCAAUACUGACUUUUUUUAUUCCCUUGACUCAAGACAGCUAACUUCAUUUUCAGAACUGUUUUAAACCUUUGUGUGCUGGUUUAUAAACGUGUAAUCCUUGUUGCUUUUCCUGAUACCAGACUGUUUCCUGUGGUUGGUUAGGAUGUAUUUUUGUUUUGAUGUUUCUAUUGGCAUGUUUAGAUGUCAGGUUUAGUCUUCUGAAGAUGAAGUUUAGCCAUUUUGUAUCAAACAGCACAACAGUGUCUGUCACUUUCCAUGCAUAAAAUUUAGUAAGAUAUAUGUAAGAUCUGAUUUGCUAGUUCCUUCUUGUAGAAUUAUAAAUGGAGAGAUCACACUAUCUGAUUAAUAGUUUCUUCAUACUCUGCAUAUAAUUUGUGGCUGCAGAAUAUUGUAAUUUGUUGCACAAUAUGUAACAAAACUGAAGAAAUGUUUAAUAAAUAUUGUACUUAUUGGAAGUAAUAUCAAACUGUAUGGUGAUAAAUAUUGUCUUAAUUUGUAUGGCUAAGGGGGAAAUCAGGCUUGCAUUGUGCACAAAACAACAUAUCUGUGUGUGCAGCCAUGGCUCUCAGACCCUCCCUGUAACUCGCCCAGUGACUAUGGCCCCAAAGCCUGAGCUGUCAUGGUGCUUAAGGCACGUGUGCUGUCCCAGAAACACCCAGCCGAGGUUCAUGAGGCAAAAUGCACUCUGAAUGUACAACAGUUCCCUAACUUAGUCUCGGAACUUAAUUUAUUUCUCAAGGACUCGAUGUAGGGAAUUCCUGUCAGCUUUGCAUAGCAGGGGAGAGAACAGUAUUUCCCUAACAUGAACGAUUUCAGCAUAACCUUGGGGAGGUAAAACUUUCUACCAGUAUAUUAUGUCUUUUCUAUAUACUGUUAAUUCCAUCCUCUUUUAAUCAGUAUCUUCUGACUUAGUGCAACAUCUUAGCUUCUAUUCCCUUCUGCAGCGAGGCACCAGGAGGGUGACAUGGGGAUAGCAAGGCCCCCACCAAACUGUUGCUCAAAGUAGGCGCUUUCUCAAACAAUUUGGAACUAACCAGCAGCCAAGAGGUUUUGGAUGGUGUGUGAUUCUUUGUACAGAGCUAAUCAAAUCAUUAGUGCCUGAUGUCUAGCUAAAAGCCACAGGAAAGCUAGCCUAUAACACUUCCUAUACAUGUAAAAUUGUUCAGCUUUAUCUAAACUCAAAUGUUCAGCCUAUUCUGUAAAUAGUCUCAUGUUUGAAAGACCAUGUAACAUUCCCCUAGUAGUAAAUACACCCUGUGAUAGUAAAAAUAUAGCCUAGGUAUGUUGUGAGGUAUAAACUAAAACUGGUGCAAAUAUCCUCUGAUUUUUUUGGGGGGGGGGGUGACUUUGGCUAACAGCUUUCUUCAACAUAGUUGCAUAAGUCAACAGGCAAUUGUAAUACAUAAAGUAUUGUCAUGGUUAAGUUGAACUCUUCCACUUGAGACCUUCACAAUAAAGUGAUGUGCUUUCUAGUAGAGAUGUGCUUGUCAGUAUAAUUCAUUAUACAUGUGAUCUCCUGCUCCUCCAGAACAGGAGGAGCAGUGAGUGCUGCUGAGGUCAGGAAGUGAAGCAGAAGGAGGUGUGUUGAGGGUAAAACAUCUUCCCUGCAGAGAGUGCACAAAUGAACUUCAAUGUUGAGAUGCCUGCUACAUACUAUCCAAACCAAUGUUAAUAUAUACAGUAAUAAAAGCAUUACAAAACCA